CCAAUACAAAAUUACAUAGAAAGAAACAUAGAAAGUAUAUUUUUGUUAAAGAAGAAAAAUAAACAUGCAAAAUAGCCGUCCAAAUGACGUGCAAGCACGUGAACUUGAAGAUGAAAUGUCAAGAUUUGAAGAAGAGAUUUCUGGACAUACAAUAGAAAGGCCCAUAAUUGGAACUGGCACAUUUCGGCAGGCAUCACGAACUAUCCACGAUGUGCAUAGUAUAGGACAACAAGAUUCUCACCCAAAUAGAUUUGGCCACUUUCCUAAUAAUGACCCUGCCCAUGGUGGACAUUUUCUCUCUGGUAGCAAUCCUGAUGGCAUACCCCCAAGAGGAAGAGGCAUGCCACGGGGGGGUUUUAUGCAUGGGAGGAUGCCUCCUAGAGGCAAUAAUCCCCAAGGAAUGCCUUCAACAAAUCAUGAUAUGCCUACACAGAACAAUAUGGCAUUUAAUCAGCCCUCCCAACAACAGUUUUCUGUACAACAAGUACCAUUCCCUAUUCCACCAAUGCCUCCACAAAUACCAGCACAGUUUCAUCCCCGUAUGCAACAGAAUGUUAUGUCAGGUAUAGUACCUAUGGUACCAAUGCAAGUACCAGGAACUGUUAAGGUACCCACAGAACAUGUUGGUAUUACACCAGAACAAAAAAAGGAAUGGGAGUCUGCUUAUGCAAAACAAGAAUCUGGUGGAGGUAAAGCAAAAAAGAAAGAUAAAAAAUUUGUUAGAGUCGCUGGAGGUGUGGUUUGGGAAGAUACAUCAUUAGCUGAUUGGGAUCCUAAUGAUUUCAGGAUAUUCGUUGGUGAUAUUGGAAACGAAGUAACAGACGAAGCUUUAACAAGAGCUUUUGCCAAGUAUCCAUCAUUUCAAAAAGCCAAAGUUAUUAGAGAGAGGAAAACCAAUAAAACAAAAGGUUAUGGAUUUGUCAGUUUCAAGGAAUCAAGUGACUUUAUUAAAGCAAUGAGAGAAAUGAAUGGAAAGUAUGUUGGCAACCGACCAAUCAAACUCCGUAAAAGUACAUGGAAGGACAGAAGUAUUGAUGUUGUUAAAAAGAAAGUGAAAGAAAAGAAGAAGUUGGGUUUAAGGUAACAUCUGGUGAAGUGAAGCUAGUGGAUGAACAAACUAUAUUAUGCUGCUUAUGUGAGGUGUGACAUUGUAUGAGGUGGGACAUUUUUUGGGCAUGUAAUAGUUGCAAAAUUUUACAAAGACCUGCUAUACAUGAGUGUUUGCAUUUAGAUUGCCUUUAUUUGUAUAUAUUGCUAAAUUGUUUUUAUUGUGCACAA